AUGUCCUUCACAACACUCCCCCAUGGAGCAACGCUCGCUCCCACGCCAUUCAAGAUCUCGUUCAGCGACCAAGAGUUGUCGGACCUGGCGCAUCUCGUUCGAUUGGGUCGAGUGCCGGCGCUGACGUGGGAGCAGACCGAUCGGGAUUAUGGCGUCAAGAGAGAGUGGUUCGUCAAGGCCAAGAAGAGGUGGGAGGAUGGAUUCGAUUGGUAAGUAUACCACGUACCAGCUGCAGCACUUGAGCGGGAGCUGAUGGUGAUGAGGCCGCCUGUGCGAGCGUGGCGUGAUGACGCUUUGCCAUAAUCGACGUUCAUGUGGGGCGCCAUGGUCGCCUGGGCUUUGUGCGCAGUUGAGCUGACUCUUCAACGUCCUCUGUCACUCCGGUACAGGCGCAAGCGCGAAGCAAAGAUCAACGAAAUCCCACAGUACAAGGUCGACAUCGAGGAUGACCAAGGCGCAGCCCAUGCGGUCCAUUUCGCCGCGCUCUUCUCGACCAACCCGAAUGCGAAACCCAUCGCGCUCUUCCACGGUUGGCCAGGCACGUUCUUCUACGAUCAUCCCGGAGUUCACCAAGAAAUAGUCUCACCAAUGGUGUACGAUUCCCCGCAGGAUCCUUCCUCGAGUUCAUCCCCAUCCUCACGGACCUCAAGACGCGCUACGCCUCCGAUCCGUCCGCCUUGCCUUUCCACGUUAUCGUACCGUCCUUGAUCGGGUACACCUUCACAUCCGGCCCCCCGACCGAUCGCGAUUAUGAUAUCAUCGAGUGUUCCAAGGUCAUGGAUAAGCUCUUGGUCGGUUUGGGAUGCAGUGGGUACAUCGCUCAGGGAGGCGACAUUGGCUCGUGGGUCUCGCGCUACCUCGGCGUCAAGAGUGAUAACUGCAAAGGAGCGUCCGAGCAUCUUCUGUACCAUCAAACGCACGAAGAGCUAAACCUAAAUGGUUGUCCUUCUGCUUGUUCAAACAACAGCCGUUCAUCUCAACUUUGCUCCUGUCCCGACGCCUCGGGACUUUGACGCCUCCUCCUUGGAGAAACACGAGCAGGCCGGCUUGCAACGCGCCGAAAAGUGGCGCAAGGAAGGUAGUGCAUACGCCAAUUUCCAUGCGACUCGACCUUCGACUAUUGGCUUCGUCUUGCAGAGUUCUCCCUUGGCGUUACUUGCUUGGUUAGUUGGCUACUGGACCUGGACGGGAGACAAAUAAUUUUUCUCAAGAUGUGAGUUUGGGCUCAUCCCAGGGUCGGCGAGAAGUUCUUGGAUUGGUCCGACGAGGACAUCUCAAUCGACGACAUCUUGGAUUCGGUGACGGUGUGGUAUCUGACGGACACGAUCGCGCGCUCCGUCUACCCUUAUCGCGAAGUAAGCAAACCCCUUCUUCUAUCUCUUAUCAUCGUAUUCCUCACUUGUGCACUCGCCUAAGAACCGGCCGAAGUUGACAUCUUUCAUUUCCGCGCUCUUGCUAAAGGUUCAUGGCGGCACUUCCAUGAGCGUCAAUAAACCGGAAUGGUUCAUCUCCAAACCCGUUGGGUUCUCGUGGUUCCCUCAAGAAUUGAUGCCGACACCGCGGGUCCUGAUUGAGAAGACGGGUAACGUCGUUCAGUUUACGACGCAUGAGAGUGUGAGUUGCUACAGAGAGGGUAUGUCGUCUAGGGGCCGGGAUUAAUUGGUUUAGGUUGUGGCUUCACAGGGAGGUCAUUUCGCGGCGUUCGAGAAACCCAAGGAGUUGUGGAAGGAUGUCGAGGUCGGUCUAGGAGGGCCAAGGCGGAGCGGAUUUGGGGAGGGGCACUGA